GUGACUUGCCACUUGUUUACACCUUAAGUAAGCGCUCUGAUGUCGACACGUGUACUCCGUCUUACGAUCCUAACCGCCGGCAAGUCUCUCCCGCUUCCGAUCCCUCAGACUAUCAUAUUACUUGCACCCGCAUCCCUUUCACUUGACUUUUUCAAUACGCCGUCUUCAUCCUCCAUUUCAUACUUUGCUUAACUUACACGUGUACAGUUAGGAUCACACUUGACUCUGUCCAACCUCCUUAAUCGUCCGGCACCAAACACCCACUUAACCCCGAUGACCCAUCAUCGACCAUCAAGUUGCAUCUGUCACAUGCACAACAUGAGACAAACAAACAUAUUUCUUCAUCUCCAACUCCAAUUAGUCUAUAAUCAAAUUACUCUAACCAAACACAAACAAUCCAAAACUCAACAAACUAAAUCGAUAACGUUCAAUGUAUAAAUAACUGAGAUACAUUGGUUUUUGAAGCUCGAGAUAUUUCUGCCCGACUGCUCUAAAGCAAAUUGGAAAUUAGUGGCUCUCUGAGCGUUACAAGAAAGCAGUGGGGAACGACUGGCAUCAAGAUAAGGUCCAAUGGUCCAUAGAUUCCAUACAACCACUCUGCCAUCUAGCAAAGCUGCGCCCUCUAGCUCAGAUCUACAUCCAGAAUUCCAAAAGCUCCCGAUUUCGAUCAUUUGAAGAUGGAGUAGAAGAAACGAGCUGCUCCGAGUUGAAACUUGGAACUCAAGCCUCAAGUGACCAGAGUACAAUCUCAAGGUCUUCACGCCUGGUAAUCACUGAUCAGCGCAAGUGGGACACUGCAGUUGGAGCUGCUCUGUCCUUUGACAGGGAUUAUGGAGGCUGCAUUAGCGUCUGGGCUGUUGAAGGCUGCAGGCGGCAAACUAGUUUCACUGAUAGCCAGCGAGUUUGACUCCAUAAUGAGUGUGAAAAAAGACCUCUCCGAGCUGAAGGAAAUACUUGAACUGAUUGCAAGCCGGCUGCCUGCUCUUCAGGAAAGAGAAAUGGAGAGUAACCCAUCGUUUCCUUUGGUAAAGAAAUUGAAAAAUGUUUCUUAUGAUAUUGGUGAUUUAAUAGAUGAUGUCCACCUAGAAGCUGAGAAGCAAAUCAUCGAAAGCGGUGGUGAGAAGCAUGCUGUAGCUGACUGCUUCUGUGCCAAACCGAAGUCGUUUAUGUUUCGAUGCAAGAUGGCCCAUAAGAUCAAGGCAAUGAAGGUGAGGUUGGAUGAAAUCGUGAAGCAAACAAGCGACAUGAAUACUAUACUGCCAAAUUUACCAGUGGAUCAACCUGCUCCUUAUAGAAACAACGCAACUGCAGAGCUGAACUUGUUGGGUACUGCUGAGGAGUCGAAAAUACCUAAAAGGGAUCAGGAGAAGGAUAAAAUCAUAUCUAAGCUUGUAGAAUCUAAUGAAGGAGACAAUGUCUUGAUAGUUUCUAUCAUCGGGUUAGGCGGUUCUGGCAAAACUACUUUGGCCAAACACAUAUGCCAAGACGAAAAGAUUAAAAAGCACUUCAAAGAUAGAAUAUUCAGGGUCCAUGUGUCCCGGGAAUUUGAUUUGGACAGGCUUAUUGGCAAAUUAUUUGAAGAUAUCACUAAGGGAAAGUCGGAUCUUCAUUCCCGGCCACACAUGAUCGAUGAGAUUUCAAAGAAGCUGAGCAAUACCAAGUUUCUUCUUGUCUUAGAUGAUGCUUGGAAUAAGAACAGACUUGAGUGGGAACAAUUCAUGUGUCAUGUAAACAGAGGCACACCUGGAAGCAGGGUCCUGCUAACUACUCGUGAUCAAAAGGUUGCAGAAGCAGUGGAAUCUUGGUAUAUCCUGAACUUGGACCUCUUGUCAGAGCCUGAGAGCUGGGGAUUUUUCCUGAAGAAUUCUGGGUGGGUAGAGGAAGAAGGCUCUGAGCUUAUACAAGAUGGAAAAGAGAUUGUGAAAAAAUGUGGUGGGCUGCCUCUAGCAAUCAAAAUUCUUGGAGGUGUUCUCCGUGGCAAGAGUGAAGUAAAUACUUUGAGGGCUAUACGAGGAAGUAGUUUAUGGAAUGAAGAGGAUAUAGAAGAACAAGUGUUUGCAUCCUUGAAAUUGAGCUACAUUCACUUGGAAAAUCAUCUGAAGCCAUGCUUUACAUUCUGCUCUAUAUUCCCAAAAGGCUACAGAAUCAACAAAGACCACUUGAUUGCCCAGUGGAUAGCGCAUGGAUUUGUCAAUCCGCAGAAUGAAGAUCGACCAGAAGAUAUUGGAAGUGAAUACUUUGAUUCUCUUGUGAAAGUUGGUUUUCUUCAAGGUUCACUUCUAAAUAGUUAUAAUGCAGAACUAAUAUACAGCAUGCAUGACCUGAUUCAUGAUCUUACUCGAAAAAUUUUACGUCAUGAAAUGGGGACGUCUCCACCGAGGAAUAUUCCUACAGAUUGUACACAUUCAUGCCGAUAUUUAUCUUUGACGUCAUGCACUCAGAAGUUUGACAGGGGCUUAUUUGACAAGGUCCGUGCUCUAUAUGUUUCUGAUGGUAACCCAUCGUUGGACAAACAAGUAAAGAAGAAUUGUUAUAUCCGCAGUGUUGUUCUGGACUAUACAAUUGAUACUCCAUUUCCACUGUUCAUAUUGAAGUUUGAAUAUCUCGGAUAUCUCGAAAUCCAUAAUGUUAGAUGCAUACAACUUCCAGAAGCUAUCUCAGGCUGUUGGAACUUGCAGGCACUUUAUUUUAUUAACUGUAAAGGUUUUGUGACAUUACCCAAGUCUAUUGGGAAGCUUAAGAAGCUAAGAGCUCUAGAGCUGAUGAAUACUGAUCUUGAGAGUUUGCCUCAGUCUAUUGGUGAAUGUCGAGAUCUUCAAUGCUUGGAACUAUAUUCCUGUUACAAGCUCAGAGAGAUACCAAAUUCCAUUGGCAAAAUUGAAAACCUAAGGGUGCUUCAAAUUGUCUGGUGUUCAGAUGUGCAACAACUGCCGUCAGAAUUCAUUGGGGAGUUUAACAACAUACAGACAAUCAACUUUGCUGCUUGUGAGAAUCUCCAAGACCUGCCACGUACAUUUUCUUCUCGUACGUUACGUACUCUGAACCUAUCUAGAACCAGAAUAACCACACUACCUGAAUGGGUCACAUUGAUUGGUACUCUCGAAUGUAUAAACCUUGAGUGGUGCACUUCGCUAGGGGAGUUGCCUAGAGGUAUCGGGAACUUAAAAAGGCUGGAAGUUCUGAACAUACAAUGUUGCUGGAACUUGCGUUGCAUGCCGUCAGGGUUUGGACAGCUGACUUGUUUAAAAAUGCUAGGCUCGUUUGUUGUUGGGUGUGGCCGAGAUGGUGCAAGGAUCUCAGAGCUUGAAAAUCUUGAUAUGCUAAGUGGUGACAUGAAAAUUAAGAACCUUAAAUAUUUGACGGAUCCAGGUGAUGCAGAGAAGGCUUGCUUGAAGCGGAAGAAUAACAUACAGAGUUUGGAGUUGAACUGGUCUUUUGGUAGAAUGGAAGAAGAGUUAGUAUCAGAUACGGGAAAAGACCUGGGUGUGCUGGACGCCCUCGAACCGCCAUCGGAAAUUAAGAAGUUAGAAAUUAAUGGUUAUGGAGGUCUCCAUUUGCCACGUUGGAUGAGGAAGCAAAGUGAUUCUUCUUAUUUGGAGGGCGUAGCGUUAAAGCAAACCAGAUCACCUCAAUUCCUCUGUCUAAAUCAACUGACACUGAUGAACUUACCCAACUUGAAGCAUAUGAAAGGACUUCGGGUGUUGCCUUCACUGAAGUACCUCGUGCUGUACGGAAUGCCAAAUUUGGAAGAGCUGUGGACUACAACAAAUGGUUUGGAAAUUGGGGUGGAAGAAGUGGGUGAGCAAUAUUGCUUCCCUGUCUUGUCCCGUCUAGACAUAGAAAAAUGCCCGAAAUUGAUUGUGGAGCCCUACUUCCCACCAUGUCUGGAGUCGCUGCAAUUGAAAUAUUUCAACGAUCAGCUGCUAUCCCCAGGUCGCUCAUUCUUCCGUUUGCUUCUUCCACAUGUCGACGAACCCUCGUCCUCCAGCAGAGUGCUUGGCGCGGUUCCUCACCUCAAAGAACUAACACUAGAAAGCAUGACGGCAUCAUCAAUUGAUUGGGGAUUCCUGCAACACCUCAUUGGACUGGAAUCCUUGGAAAUUUUAGGCUGCAAUGACCUGACGGAAUUACCUGAGAGCAUGCGGGGCCUCACCUCCCUCCAGAGCUUGUGCAUCGGCGAAUGCUCCACCCUUGCCGUGCUGCCCGAGUGGCUUGGCGAACUGCGCUCUUUACAAGAUCUGGAUGUCUCCAAGUCCCCAAUGUUGGCCAGCCUCCCUCAGUCGAUUCAGCACCUCACCUCCCUUCGAGAUCUCUGUUUGGGAGAAUGCCGUGCGCUGACCGUGCUGCCCGAGUGGAUCGGACAACUCUCUGCACUUCGACAGCUUUAUAUCAUAGAUUGCUGUGCCCUUCAGUCCCUGCCCCGCUCCAUACAACGCCUUACUGCUCUCCAUCAAUUGGUCAUUGAGGGCUGCCCUGAUUUGGCUAGGCGUUACAAGGAAGGAGUGGGGGAAGACUGGUACCUUGUCUCCCAUAUUCCUCGAGUGCGGAUUUUUUGAUUCGUACUAACGCGGCAGCAUCCAAUCCUUGGAUUCACUUGUGGGGUCGUUGGAUCACAUUUUCUCGAUUAUCCAGAAAUCUAUGGAUUUGGUUUGCUGGAACGAGUUUCCUUUGUACCAUGAAUUUGUCUUAUAUACAUUCCAUUUUCAAGGAUGGGGCUUAGAAUUUUUCAGGA